CAAUCGUUCCCUUAUACCUACACUCGAAAAGUGUUAUUAAACUCAAUUGACUGCAUGGUCCGCGCACAAUGACCGUGACUCGUUCCCAAACGGGGAAAACCCCCAAGAAAAUGGAGCGUCCUGGCUUCAUCGAGACCCCCGGUCGCCGAGUGACCCGCAGCAGCGUUGCGCCAUCCGACGACACUUCCGAUUCAGCAGCAGAUGCUUCAGGACAAGCCAAGUCAUCGUCUCGAAAGCGCUCGUCACCCAAGGUUAAGAUCGAAGAGACCUCGGAGGAAGAGACAAACACACCCGCGACCAAUGGACACCCCGCCAUUUCGAACGGCAAGAAGCCACGCAUCAUUGAUGGCUGGGAGGAGGGCAAGGACCCCAAGGUCGAUCACAGCGGACAUUUCGAGUUUGGAGGGUCUUUGGGUGUAUUGUGCAUGAUGAUCGGAUUUCCGAUGCUGAUGGAAUACAUGUGGCUCGGUGCCACCUAUUACGAUGGCAAACCGCCGCUUCCUGAGCCGGGCCAGAGCAUCCCUGAGUUCUUUGCGCAUCUUGGUAACUUGCUCUAUGCGGGUGCUUUCCCGUCUCUGAAAGCAUGGACGAUAUAUUGGGUAUUUUUCAUCUUUGAGGGGGCUUGCUAUGUGCUUCUCCCUGGUAUCACCGUCAUGGGUCGUCCUCUGCCGCACCUCGGAGGAAAGCAGCUCCCUUAUUACUGUUCCGCUGUCUGGUCCUUUUACACGACAAUCGCCUUGGCCUUAUUGCUCCACUUGACCGGCAUUUUCAAGCUUUACACGAUCAUCGAUGAAUUCGGACCUCUCAUGAACGUGGCCAUUCUCUCUGGUUUCAUUGUUUCAUUCGUCGCGUACUUUUCAGCGUUGGCUCGAGGCGCAGAGCACCGUAUGACUGGGUAUCCCAUUUAUGAUUUCUUCAUGGGUGCCGAGCUUAACCCUAGAAUGUUUGGUAUUCUAGACUUCAAGAUGUUCUUCGAGGUCCGCCUGCCAUGGUAUAUCCUUCUGUUCGUCACUAUGGGUGCAGCUGCCAGACAAUAUGAAACCUACGGAUAUGUAUCUGGGGAGGUUGGCUUUCUUCUCAUGGCUCAUUUCCUUUACGCCAACGCCUGCUCAAAGGGCGAGGAGUGUAUCGUUUCUACAUGGGAUAUGUACUAUGAGAAAUGGGGUUUCAUGCUAAUCUUCUGGAACCUUGCCGGAGUGCCUCUGAGCUAUUGCCACUGUACUAUCUACCUUGCCAACCACGAUCCCGCUACCUAUCGCUGGAACCGGUCUUUCCUGAUUUUCCUCUACGUCGCGUACCUCUUUGUGUACUGGGUUUGGGAUACGACCAACAGCCAGAAGAACCGCUACCGCCAGCAGGAGCGUGGUACUUUGGUGUUUCGCAAGACUUUCCCUCAACUCCCUUGGCAAACACUGAAGAAUCCCAAGACCAUCACAGCUGAGGACGGUUCGAAGAUCCUUGUUGAUGGGUGGUACGGGAAGGCGCGCAAGAUUCACUACACCUGCGACCUGUAUUUCGCAUUGAACUGGGGCUUGAUCACCGGCUUCAACAGCCCGUUCCCAUGGUUCUACCCCGUCUUCUUUGCAUGUAUGAUCAGCCACCGCGCACUGCGUGAUAUUCAACGCUGUCGGAACAAGUAUGGCGAGGCGUGGAGAGAGUAUGAGAGACAGGUUCCCUACCUGUUCAUUCCUUACGUCUUCUAAAUGACUUCAUGUGCUGGAAAUCUCCAGCGGUACAAUGACCAUCUCUUUGUAAGGCCGACCUGCGCCGACAAAAAUGAUCUUGUCAACUCUUCGACCUUGGCUCUUUUUGUGAGCUCUAAUAAUACACUCUUGUAAUCAUCAUUCCCGGCCUAACCCUGGAAACUCCACUUUGUCACUGACUGCUACCCAGUGUGGCGAAUCAGAUUCCUGAUGGGCUUGCCGGUGUAGGCUCUAUCUUUCUGGCUUGUGUUAUUUCUACUUCCAUGAAAAUUAUAUAAUUCCUGUACAUUAUUAAAAUGUUUGUUCUUGGUUGUUUCCGCCUUUGCCAUUUCAAGAUCAUAUAUAUGGCUUACGGCCUUCGAGCUAUCGUCUGUGUCUUUUAAGAUACCAAUGUACAUUCAAGUGCAAUUCAAGCC